AUGCAGGGCAGCAACUACAUCAAAUACAGUCCCAAGUGGAUUCAUCAAAGUAAUCUAACUUUCUGGACCUCCUUGGAUUCUCAAAGAGAUCUCUUGAUUGUCACCAAGAAUUCUUAUACUGUAUGUGAUUGCCAGUGUGCCGGAUUGUCCUCCUUAACCACUGAUCUGAAUUUAUCCAAACGGACAAAGAACAAGUUUUGCAGAAUGAGUGAUAAAUUUCUGUCCCUCGAAGAUGAUGAGGACUAUGGUGGAAGUGGUGACAUCUAUAAUAUUGAAUCUGAACACCAAGAUAAGUACGAGGGCUGGGCUAAAUAUUUUGGAACGACAGGUGAUGAUUUAACACGAAACAUUAUCAAUAUCUUCAUCGCCAUGAUCUGCAGUCUAGGCCUGGUGGGAAAUGGGGUGACAAUUUAUCUCCUGGUCUACUCCAUUAAGAGGAAUUCUUUCACCACUUACAUCCUGAACCUUUCCAUCGCUGAUUUCGGGGUCCUCGCCUCCCUUGUUAUUGCCAUUAUAUUCGUGACGGUUCUAACUCUGCAGAAAGAAUUCGAUCGUCUGUUUGUCCUUUUCUUGGUGUUUUUCGAGUUCUUUUCCUUCGCCUAUUCUGCCAGCCAGUUUCUCCUCACCGCCAUCAGCCUGGAUAGAUGUGUGGCUGUCUUUUUGCCAAUCUGGCAUCGCUAUCAUCGUCUGCCGUAUUUGCCCACCCUGGUUUGUGGCUUCAUCUGGAUCCUCUCCUUCCUGCUCUCUGUGGCGCACUUCAUUCUGCACUGGAGCUGGAACUUUAAACGUUCCCCUUUCCUUUACCAGCUUGCUGUAAAUGGUUUACUUUGUACGCCUCUCAUGAUUGUGUCCACCGUGACCCUCUGGAUUCACAUGAGGAGAUCUAAACGGCAACGCAAUCAAAGGAGGCUGCUCACCACCAUCUUGCUGGCUCUCCUUUGCUUCCUCCUGUUUUCUCUCCCAAUGAAUGUCUUUUGUGUUGUUGACUAUUUUGAUUCCUAUAAUCUCCUGCUCAUGACCAUCGGGAUGGGAUGUGCCGCUCUUAACAGCAGCAUUAACCCACUCCUUUAUUUCUUAGUCGGGAGGAAGCAGAGACAAAAGGAGCGGCCCAAAACAUCUUACAAGAUUGCUCUGGAAAAUGUCUUCAGGGAUGAGCAAGGAAGCCCAGAAGCCCAGGAAACUGUGACGGAAGACCAGUUGUGA